CGGGAGAGAGAGAGAAUAAAGAGUGUUUCCCGAGGAAACUCCUCCUAAUGUAAGACAGAAGGAGCUCGAGGACACAGCGGUGUCGUGAUGUUGGCUGUGUUUUCUGCUGCUGGCCUCCGUGGCAUCCGUCCCUCCUCCCUCCAGACCCACGCCCAGAUACUGCCGCAGGUGCUGCGAUCACCUGGACCCGCCCCUGAGCCCCGCCCCCCAGGCUGCAGCCAAUCACAUGCCGGAGAUCCGCACCAUCAUUAACAUGACCAUCCUCAAAGGGGAUAAAGGAGAGCGUGGGGACAGAGGGACGCCUGGUAAAGCCGGAGUGGACGGACCCCUUGGACUCAGAGGUGUGACGGGGCCCAAAGGCAGUAAAGGAGACACCGGGGCCCCGGAGACCCCUGCAAAAUCCAGCAGUCGUCCUUCUCCGUGGGCCGAACGUAAAGCUCUGCACAGUGCUGAUCACUACCAGGCCCUGAUCUUCGACACAGUCUUCGUGAACCUGGGCGAACACUUCAACAUGUUCAAGGGGAAGUUCUACUGCUUCGUCCCAGGAGUCUAUUUCUUCAACGUCAACAUUCACACCUGGAACUUCAAGGAGACGUACCUGCACCUGAUGCACAACGAGCGGCCGCCGGUGAUCCUGUACACACAGCCCAGCGACCGCUCCAUAAUGCAGAGCCAGAGCGUCAUGCUGUCGCUGGAGCUCAACGACGAGGUCUGGGUCCGGCUCUACAAGCGCCAGCGCGACAACGCCAUUUACAGCGACGACGUGGACGUCUACAUCACCUUCAACGGACACCUGGUGGCUCCUAAAGUCUAGGAGCAGGGACCGCAUUAUUUGCGCAGUAUUUGAGUGUGUAGAGGCCAAAAAAGGCUUGUCUUAGUUUUUUUGGUUUCUAGUCAAAAUAUAAAAAAAAAAUUCUUAAAUCAAGAUGUGUUUAC